CGCUGUUUAACCCGCGGUAGUCGUCCGUCGUGACCUGUGUACGUUGGCAGCGGAUAUUUGUUUCUUCUUCUUUGCCCAAACAGUAUUGACGCUGUUCGACGUUCGCCACCUUAGACGACAUCGUCGAUGCCGAAGAGACACACUCCACUUGCCUUUUUGAACUAGUCAACAACAAUAAAAUGCGUUGUAUUUGUUAGAAAUUCGAAAUGAAUACUUUCGUCCAGUUUUUUCAAAAGGUAUCGUUGCUGGUUUUAACGCCGCAAUGCUACCAAGUGUUUUUUACCGAUUUAGAUUUCUUUAACGGUGCUUGUUUAAAAUCUACUCUCAGCAAAGGUCUUGGGCUUGGAAUUGUUGGAGGAUCUUUACUAGUUAAACUUCCACAAGUUAUAAAGUUAUGGAAGAACAAAAGUGCAAAAGGCAUAAGCAUAAUGAAUGUAAGCAUGGAUCUGUAUGCUGUUACUGCAAAUGUUGUGUACAGUUAUGCGAACAAAUUUCCUUUCAGUGCUUGGGGCGAUUCUCUAUUCAUACUGUUCCAAACAUUACUGAUUGUCAUGUUGGUGAUAAACUACAAUGUGUCCAGAAAUGCUGCUAAAUCGUUCACUGCAGUGUUUUGCGUAUUGUUUUCAGUUUUAAUGUCUGGAGCCGUACCGGAGUCGGUGCUUUGGACUGCACAACUCACUAGUAUACCUUUGAUGUUUUUCGGCAAAAUAACCCAAAGCUACGUAAACUACGUAAAUAAAGGAACUGGCCAGCUGUCGAUGGCCACUUGUAUUCUGCUGUUCUUGGGUGCGGCAGUGCGGGUGUUCACAUCGGUUCAGGAGACCGGGGACAGCUUGUUAAUAUGGACUUUUACUUUGGCAACGAUCGCCAAUUUUAUUAUUGUCGCUCAAUUUUAUUAUUACCGACCGAUCGCUACAAAAGUUAAGUCUUCCAAGAAAAAAACUAAAAAAACUUAACAUCUUCAAAAUAUUGUUUACGAGAUCGUUUAUUUAUUGUUUUUCUCGAAUUGUUCGAAAUUAUUAUAUUAAAUACAACUGUGCACGGUUAAUUACGCAAUGUAUUUGUGUAAGCAAUCUAGUCUGGAACUCCAUUCAUUGCGUUGUUUUACUGUCGAAAAAAACAAAAUCAUAAUGUUGCAAUAAUAAUUUUAUAUUUUUUAGUUUUUAUUUAAUUUAUUGAAAAUAUGAUGUAUUUUUAUUAUUAUCGUAA